AUGGUAUAUGUCCCGAGCGAACUUCGAAUCGAGCUCGAUGCUGCGAUAGAGAAAGUUUUUCGCUGUAAUGACUUGGGCGAAUUAGAGCCCGACUUCGAGUAUCCCACCUCUUGGAAGAGAGAGAUUUCUCGCGAGCUAACGUUUUGUGAACGAUCUGCAAAGUCGGCUGCCGCUCGUUGUGAGCAAGCAAUCCAAUCUGGAGCUAAUGGAGUUGUGGAGAUUGUCCAUGUUGCGGUCGAAUAUACUCUUCGUGAUGAAGUAGUAGGUCGAGUUCUUCAUGCUGCUAUGGGGAUAAUGCAAGUGACUCAUUUGAGACGAACUAUCUCGUUGAGAGUCGAAUAG